AAUACGUUAAUUUUGAAUUUGUUUUCGUUAACCUCAACAUAUUGAAAUCAACUUUAAAAAACGAAACAGUUGUCAUGUAUUUUUAGGCGGAAAAUAGCAAAAUGUCAGCGUACGAAUGGAAUCAACAAGUUCCACUAAACCAGCAACAAAAUAGUGUGGACCAUACACAAGAAUACAAUUUUUAUGAAGACAAUAACAAAUAUGAUGCUAGCGCGGACCACAAUAAUACGUCCAACGUACACGAGGAACAGCUAAUCACACCCAAGAAGGGUUUUGAAGAGUUGCUGGAGGAAAAACUGUCGGAGGAUGUGCAAAAGUCUGGCAACAACAGUAACAAUAAUAACAACAAACCUAAAAGGCCUUUUUUACGAAAGGGUUCAGGCUUGGAAAGGUACAACAAAAGUAAGACUAAAAUUGCUAACGUGAAAACUAAGAAAAUUAACAAAAGUGUUUCUAAUAAGAAUGUAACAAAGAAAACAACUCCCGAAAUACAAUCUAACGAAUUUACGCCACUGAGAAUACCUGAUUUAAAAAUAAAACACAAGACACCAUUGAAGAAUAGAUCUGAGUGGAAUGAGGAAAGUAAUUUGGGAAUGAAAUGGACUUCCCCACAACCUCAAGAGCCGCACUGCGAUUUGCCUAACAUCAACGCGUUUAACGGUUUAAUUUUGACGAAAAUCAACGAGAUUAAACAACAAAACUUUCAAAAACCUGAUCAGCAAAUACAAAGCUUGUCGCCCAUCAGCUACAACUCAGACAGGGAGGAAUCUGAGUUGCGUAAGUUCGAGUGUCUGGAAAGAAAAAUGGAGAACAGCAGUUUCUGUUCGACGGACUCGAGCGUGUUAAGAAUAUUGUCCAGUACGCCGCACAAGACCGAUCAUCUGGACUGCACCAAGGCGGAAUUGGAAAUGAAGCUGAGAAUGUUGCGGCAGAAAACGCAGUUCGUCAAUAACUUCAUGUACAACAUAAGGAACAAAGCAGCUGAGGAUACCACCACUACAGCAACAACAACCGCAACAAGCACCCUAACAAGAUUUGACUCAGAGUCUGAAUGCGUGACGGACGACGAGACCUACGAGAAAUGCGAGAAAACGUUCACGGACGCCUGCGUGAACACCUCAGAAUCAAAUUCGAUUAUUUUGCCGCUUAAUUGUUUGGAUUGUGUCGUAAAAGACGUGGAAUUAAACAAUUGCAAAAAUAAAAUUGAAAGUGUACAACAACAACUUCAAGAACAGAUAGAAAUCGUUGCGAUGUUGAGGAAAAGAAACGAGGAAGUCGUCAAUAAAAUGGAAGAAGUUGUACAGGAAUUCGACGUCGACAAAAAGCAAUUGUUAAUCGAAAUCGACGAACUAAAAACCAAACUUAUCAAAGAGAAAGCUCAAAACGACAGUUUAAAAACGACCAAACAAAACGUGAAAAAGGACAGGGAGGAGCUGGACAUGUUGAAAGACGAACUGAUCGAAACGAAGGAGCUGAUCAAAUUGAAGGAAGCCAAAAACGGCAUGACACAAGCUCGACUGAGGACCCGCAUUAAAAAUUUGGAGAAGGAGAACGGCGAACUAAAAGACAAGGUCGAACUGUUGACGAAACAAAAUGCGAAACUGUCGUUCGGCGGUGGUAGGCCGCAACGGAAAUCCGCCGACCUGAAACUGUUGCAGGACAUCAACAAAACGCUGAACAAGCUGACCGAAGACAAGACGAAGGAGACGGGUCCGAAGUCCGUGUUGAAGAACGGCAAAAAGUCGGAGGAGUCGCAGAAUUUCGACGGCACCACGUUCGAGAAUUUGUCGCUGGAGGAACAGUACAGGAGUGUUUUUUCGCCUGGUCAACAUAAGAGUUUCAACGAUUCCAAAAAAGGGAAAAUAGAGACGGUUUUCGAAGACGGAACGAAGGAGGUCAGAUACAGCAACGGCAACGUGAAAACUGUGAGUCCGGACGGGCAAUUGGCCACCAUCAAGUACUACAAUGGGGACAUCAAGCAAACAUUCGCGCGUGACAACACGAUUAAAUAUUAUUACGCCAACAACAACAUCUGGCACACCACUUUUGCUGACGGCACGGAAAAUAUCGAGUUUCCCAGCGGACAAAUUGAGAAACGCUACCCGGAUGGAAGAAGCGAGGUAUUCCAUCCGGACGGAACUGUGCAAUGUUUAAAUCCGGACGGAAGCGAGGAGACGAGAUAUAGUGACGGAUCCAUGUUGAAGGACGACGGCAAAGGAACGAAAACGUUGCUUUUGGCCAACGGACAAAGGGAGAUACAUACUAAAAGCGAAAAAAGAAGAGAAUAUCCGGAUGGCACGGUAAAAAUUUUGUAUUUGGAUGGUUCGCAAGAAACUCGAUACGCUUCUGGAAGAAUCCGGAAAAAAGAUCCAGAAGGAAACUUAGUGUAUGAUUCCAACGAUUCGACAUAAUCAAGAAUGCUUUAAAUUCGUUUUAUUGUUGGAUUUUUAUAAAUAUUUAUUGCCUUUUAUACUUAUAUAUAUAUAUUUGUUUUAAACAUCGAGGAAAUAUUUUUUAAUAAAGUUUUCUAAAUUUG